UAGUCGUACUAGGAGGAAAUACAAAAAUUUUGUACCUUUAACAACACUCAGUCCUGUGUAUUAUUCUGAGGUGAUAGAUUUCUCUCUGUAUAGUUUUGUUUUGUUUUGAAGUUUGUAUGCUCGUUAUGAUCAAGUAUCUAAAUGACUGAGAUGAGUGUUGUCUAAUACCUGCAAAGUAAACUAAUUGUUUUGAACGUAAUCACAUACCACCCCAUGUCCCUACAUCAGGGACGGACAAAUCGAUAGUGCGAGAAGAUAGUAAUUCAAUUUUUACAAUAUCAGCUGCCAGCAAGCAGAGUAGAAGCCCUACAUGUUUUCGACAAACUUCAUUUAUACAUUUGAAAACAAUGUUAGUUUGUGCAAUACUUGUGCCGAAUUUUGCGGCCUGCCACAUCACACACCUCUUCUCUUAUUGCAGGCAUGAACAGAUGAUAUGCUGAGUCAAAUGAAGUGCAGCGCAAAACUGUUCCACCUAAAACCUUCCAGCUAGCACAGCAUUAGCGUAGAAGUAGUGGGAGUAGAAGUAUGACUAAAAUUCAGUUUUUAUCAGUUAUCUUAAAAGGAUCCAUGUGAAAGGUUUCAUUCAGCAGUGUAGAACGGCGUGAGCAUAAAUGCACACAACACCUUUUAUAGCUCAUGAAGUUAAAAAGUUCAAUAAAAAUCUAUAAUCUGAACCCCAGCAGGAUUCCAGCUGGUUGAGGAAUACACGAGCCGAUGGCAGGUGCCUCUCCCACAGCUGCAGGUCCUGAGGAGUGCCCUGUGCUCGUUCGUCCGCGGCGCCGCCUCCUUCCCGUCCGAUUGUGAGCACGUGCGCUACACUCUGAGCAGUCUGGCCCUGUGAGUAUAAACUCUGAGUGUCUUCGAGCUGCUGCUGUUCUUCGGAAGAGAUGAGUUCCCCGAGGACCCGCUAAAAGAUAUUCUGGACUCGUUUCAGGAAUGCCACUCAAGUCUAGUGAGGUACCAGAAUGUGUACCUGCUUCAGGUCAUACACAUCGUCAGAGACGGAGGGCCGUGGGCGAGUCCUGUGCUGGAGGGAAUCCUGAAGGAUGUGGAGCAGAGACAAGAUGACGUGGACCGCUAUCUCGGCUCUGAGGUGCCCAUGUUCUUCGAGUUGCGUGUGCGUUACCUGCUAGCCUGCGAGCGGACCCGCGAGGCCAUGGCGUUAGCCCUGAAGUGCAGCCAGCACCCGACUGUCGGACAUGUCCUGUUCUUCAAGCAGGCCUACCUCUGCUGUCUCUGGAAGUCCUCUCAACAAGAGCGCCUCUUCGCUGAGAUGGCAGAGAUCGAAGGGAAGGAGGCCGUGGAGAUUCUCUGCAUCGCAGAGAACGAGGAAAAGGACGAUUUGCUCCUGGAGCUCAGCAGAGGCUUCCUCUUGCAGCAGCUCAGAAGUGGAGACAUGUACUACCUUUGGGAUCUGGUCUUCAUAUGGUAUAAACUGUACCUCCGAGUGAAGGCCAAGGAAAACUUUCUGCAAGAAUGCAAACUGUUGCUCCUGUCAGCCACCAACGUGAAAGCGAUCUUCCCAUUUAUGAAGGUUAUCUUGACCGAGCAUUUGGGGAAAGAAGGCCUCACUUUUUGCAUCGAGCUCUGUGCCCAGGCCCUUCAGAACGACCUCAAGAACGACCCGGUCACCAAGUCUUUCCUCUACAAAACCAUCGCGUACCUGCUCCCCAACGACCUGGAGGUCUGCAGAGCCUGUGCGCUGCUCGUGUUCUUUCUGGAGCGCACCGUCGAAGCCUACAAGACCGUGUUCUUCCUGUACAAUCACCCGGACCUGGAGUACCACCUGGAUGCCAGUCCUGUUGGGAACAAUGUGCGCUUCGAGGUGAUUCAGAUUCUAAAAAAGGGUCUGUUCUUCGACCCUGAGUUCUGGAGUCUUCUGAACAUCAAAACAAACUGUCUGAAGCUCAUGAGCGACGAGGUAGCCAGAGCCGCCCUCUGCGAAAUAAUGGAAGAGGAUAAAUGGGCUCCUGGUUACUGCGCCCGAGAGCACUGCAAGUGCCGAGCAGAGCCAGAAAGGACUGUCAUCAGACAGGAGGCAAAGCCUGGUAGUAGAGACAAGCAGGAAUCUGGGACAGUGGAAAAACGGGUCAGGAGUUCUGACGACGCAUCUUCUGAUGCCCCUCAGUGUAAGAAGAGAGGGAGGAAACCAGGGUCAAAGCUCACAAAGAAUCUGGAGCCGUUUCCAGUCCGGCGUUCAUUUAGGCAGCUGGAUUUGGCACAAAAUCAUGCCAGACAGCUGAACAACAGAUGUCAGAGGUUCCACACUCGGCAGACAGAGAAAAAUAUUCUGAAGCGGCGAGGCAGGAAACCCCGGUGGCUCCUGGAGCAGUUAGCUUCCCUGGGAGAAAACAGUGCUCCCGGGCAACGUAAGAAACCAGGGAGAAAACCCAGGCUAUUCAGCUCGCUAAAGGACAUCUUAAUCGACACGCCGGUCGUCGAAAUCACGACGGAAUAUUCCUUCCCCGACAAUGAAGUCGAGCUGCCUGUCGACGUUCACGAGCGGGUUGCAUCCAAAACGACUUUUUCCACAGAGCAUCGCUUCGAUCAAACAACUCCUUGUAGUAAAACUCUGAACUCGAUUCUUCAGUUAUUGUUAGAGAAAUCUCCUCAUUCGACCGGAGGAAAAGAAGAGUUUCAGUCGCAGGAUGUUAUGGUCGUUAUUAGAAAAUUCCACACCUACGCUAAAGUGCCUGAAGAAGAGGAAAGCCCUUCGCUUGAUCGCCUUACGGAUGCUAAAGUGUUAACAGCUCCACGUGCGGAGAAACAGGAAGACGGUUUUCAGUCUCUUGAGCCUGUACAGAAUCCUAGCGAACCAGUGUCAGGGUCCUCUCUGAGUGCUGCUGUAACACAGGAGAUCCCCGGUGUUAGUGAUGGAUCUGACCUGCCAUUAGUUUCACCUAUUGAGCAGGUUGUAAUCCCUGAUAGCAAAAUCACUACAGUGGUCAAUCCUCCCAAAGAUCAUACUGCUAGCCUCGUGACUGACAAUUUUCAAACGCUGGAAAUCACCCAGGAUGUUCCUAAUCUUGCUGACAAGACUGACAAUGCUACUGAUUAUAUUUGUACUACGCCUAAAAACACAAUGGAUGUUAUUUCUACCUCUGAAAACAUACCUAAUACUACACCAGAACUUGCACCCCAAAGUAAAGUUUCUACCCCCAAAGAAAUCUUGGACACUCAUGAAAAUCCACCCAACAUCAAAGAUGCGGUAGAUGCCUCAGAAAAGGCGCCUACAGACGAGAUUAUCCUCAAGACUCCUGCUGCUGUCGAAGAAGCGGCAAAACCUCAAGAACCGGCGCCGCAGCUGAACACCGAAGUCGAGCCGCCUCGGAACAGCGACUCGUCUCCCGUUAAUGCCGCUCAGACUCCCGUGCAGCCCGAACACCGAUGCAAGCUUUGCAAUAAACAUUACGAGACGCCCCUGAGUCAUGCUUUAUGGCAUUACAGGACAGAAAAGAAGUGCAUGUUCUGCGACAAGCUGGCUUUGACUCGUGGAGCCUUGCAGCAUUUCCAAAAGCACAUCAAAGAAUUGAGCAGGGUCGAAGGUCUGCUCGAGACCAAGAAGCCAGAGGACAUGCCCGAAGUGACCAGGAGCCCCGAUCAGACCGUUCUUGAAUCUCCGCCGAAGAAAGCAAAGCCUGGAUUCGCACAGAUCAAGUCAAGACUGCUGAUGAGACUGAAACUGACAAGGAAAGCCCAAACUCAGCGUGAAGCGGAGAAAAGCUCCGAUAACGGUGGCACACCCGUGAAGGAGGCCGACACAAAGAAGCAGACAUCAGCACCAGAGCAAAAAGAGAACAGCAUGAAGGAUGAUAAGCAGAGUGUCCCACAGGAGACGAUAAGAUACUUAACAAGAGGUUCAGUCAGGAAGUCCGAGCACAAGGGAAAGCUGCGUCGGACGAAACUAGGCAGGAAAGCAAAGGCAAUGGCAGGGGGAGAUGGUUCAGCCCCGAAGGACACUUCUGUUCACAGGGUUAAUGGAGUAAUUAGAAAGAAACGAAAGAUGUGGUGCCUUCAGGAAGACAGCAGCCCUGCAACUGAGAAAACCCUUGUGCUACUGGGAAAAGAAGAGAAUAAGGCCGAUGCAGAGAGACCAGAGAAGGCGAUCAGGAGCCAUAAAGCUAAUUACGAUAUCAGGACCAAAGCAGACAAGACAACCAGCAAUAAUAUCGAAGGGAAAAGUAAAAACUGUGCAAAAGCAAAGGUACAAGAGGAACCGAGAGGGAAGAAGAAAAAGCACGAUGAGGAGAAGGUUGGCAUUAAAGCAGCAAAAAAACGAAAGAGCGAAGACAGUCCUCUGGCUGCUAAGUCAACAGAUACCAUGGAGGAGAAAAACACCGUUCCAAAUGUGGAAAAACGGCAAAAUGGAACAGGCACAGAAUCCAGUGAGACAUCCAAAGCGGUGCAGAAGAGGAAGGUCAGUAGCACUCCUGCGGUCAGCUGUCCUAUAGACAUGUGCACGUUCCAAGCCAUGCCAGGCCCAGUCCUCUCUCACGUCCUCAUACACCACCCGGGUGACAAUAAAGCCCUCGAGUUCUUCUACAACCUCGCCACGAAAAAGUGUCUGUUCUGCGCCAGAAGGAUAUGGACUCCUCAGCACUUUUUUGACCAUGUCGUGUCUCACCGAGGGAACCUCAAACACCCAUGCUACCACGUGUCCUGCCAAAAGAGGUUCAAAACACGGAUGGACGUAGGCGACCACAUGGAGAAGGACCACAAUCCUCUGAAAGCAAGGUGCUGCUUCCCUGGAUGCCCGGUGGAGUCUGCCAGCCUCAAGGACUUGUAUAGCCAUGAGAAGAGUCAUUACAAGGCAGUUACGCUAAACAAGGACAAAGCAGUGGACAAACCCAGCCUCAGAUCAGCAAGAGGAAAGAGUACUCCCGGAGCAACAGCACAACAGACAUCCGAAAGCGUAGUGACGGAGUCUGAAACUCUACCACCUCCUCCUUCUCCUUCUCCUCCUUCUUCUUCUCCACCACCAGUUGAAACUACAGAACAGAAGAAAAACCCGGCGCCUGUAAAAGCAGAAGAUGAAAAGCCUUUGGCGUUAAACAGAAGUACAGUGAACUACGGCAGCAAGAGCUCCCGGCUGGUCAACGGUCACGCCGACCACGCACAAGAAUCUAACGCUAAAGCGCCCCCUGCAGCUCCGAAAGAGCAGGAGCAGAAGUACGAGAAAGUGGCAGUCAAGCCAUUCAGCAGACUUCCUCCUUCGGCGUACCUCGACGAGCUGUACCUCAGCAUGCCCAAAAAGUGGAGGGGGUCCCAAGCCAGCGCCAAAGGCUCCGAUACAGAUAACACCACCCCAGUCAAGAGGCAGAACUGCUCGCGAUGUAACGCAGCCUUCGACUGCGAAGAAGAGCUGCAGCUGCACCGGGAAAAAUGCACGUCGCUCUUCGGCUUCGAUUCAGACGACGAGAAUGCCUUCUGAAGAAUUGGAGCCUGCUUGACCUGUUGAAACGCUGCUGUGGACAUUCAAAAAGAAUGAAAUCUUGACUCAAAGGACCAUUUUUAUUAAGAGAAAAUGAAAAAUGAGGCUUGUUGGUCGGCCCGGACACGUCCCUGCUUCGGUUAGGAAUUGGAUCGUGAACGUCGACUCCAGUAGAGACUCAUCUGCUCUGACGAUCUCAGACUUUAGUGAUUGGAGGUGAUGUUCUGCAUCACCAACACCGCAGUGUGUGCCUCGGGUAACAAGCUAGCGACCGUGCAACUUCUUCUUUUUAAAGACUGCUGCAGUAUUUGAUCUGAUAAUAAAAGACGUAACUAGGUUUAAAGGUGGAGGUCACGAGGAUUCUGCUUCAACCUCAACCAUGAUUUGACACUUGCUUCAGGAUGCUUACGGUAGUAGAGGUAAUUGCAACUGCAAUGUUAUCUGGAAUAUUUCCAGCACAUUUGGAAAAAUAUCUGGUUCUUUCUUAACUUUGUCACAGAUUUUUAUUAACAUUUAAUCUCUCAGAUCAUGGCCAUCGUGUGUUCCUUGUACUCUAAACGAGCAAACCUGUUGCUCAUCAAAGAUUUAGAUUUAUCUGUAAGGAUUUGCCUAACGUGUAUUGAUGGAACUCGAGUCUCGCCGAGCUUAAAUGGAAAGGUGAAAUGAACAAUCAGUGUUUCCUGGAAAAUUUUAUAAUGGGGUCUUAAAGCAGUUUGGAAAAGAAUGCGGUGGCAGUCACGCAACCUCUUAUGACAUUAAUGUAUAUAUGUUUCUAAAACUCUUCUCUUUACACUCAACAAACUAGAAUGAGAAGAACUGAAUGUCUCUCAAGGUGAGGCAUGUCUGAGCUGUUCCACACCAGAGCGGCGAUUUACUAAUUUAAUUUAUUCAUAUUCUGUUUUUUCUUUUCUUUUUGUAUUUUAUGUAAAUGUUUGAAAAGUUUGGACGGUAUAUAAUUGGGAUGGGUUAAUAUAGGGGGUUUAUAUAUCAAGAGUUUUUCUGGCCUACAAAAAAAAUUAAACAUGUAUGAG